AUGGCACAUGGGCUUGGACGCAUGUUUACGAUGCGUGGGUCAUUCGACUUUAUGGCAUUGACUGGCAGUGAUGAGAAACCAUGGGCUGAUGCAUCGGAGGGGCGUACAAGUUUACAUAUUGUACAUGGCGGCAGGCAGGCAACGAACGUUCAACUCAGCCUCCAGCAGUCACCCCCAGAGUUUAGGUGA